AUGAAGAUCCAUCUUACCUUGUCAAUGGGAAUGCUUGUGCUGGCCCUCGCGCCUGCGGCCAGUAGCAUCGACUUCACCAGCGCCGAGCUGUCGUCGGAGGAGUCCACACGGCAGCUCUACGAGCGCUGGUGCAAGAAGUACCCGGAUGGUCGGGGCUGCAAGGACGACGACAAGUCCGGGAGGCUGGACAUCUUCAGGUCACGAGCGCAGGAGAUCAACAUCAUGAACACGGGUGUCAUCCACAACCGCCGGCGCCUGAACGAGUUCUCGGACAUAACCGAUGACGAGUUCAAGGAGACCUUCGGAUCCUGCUUCCUCAAAAGCAGAGAGGAGCUGCUAGAGCACGACGUCAUCACCGGCGACCAGUUCACCUUCGCCAACGACGACAUCCCCGACUACGUCGACUGGGCUUCUCGGGGCGCCGUGACACAAGUCAUGAACCAAGGUUCAUGCGGGGCCUGCUGGGCCUUCGCGGCGGCAGGGGCAGUGGAGGGUAUACACAUGAUAGAAAAUGGCAUCCUGAUGCAGUUAAGUGUGCAGGAACUUCUGGACUGCAGUAUCAGCAGGGGAUGCGAUGGGGGCAAUGCUGUGAAGGCAUUCAACCAUGUGAUUGAUGCUGACGGCAUCGCAAAGUGGGAGGACAACCCGUACGUGGCCACGAGGUUGAACUGCCACAAGGCCCAGAAGGUGGUCACCAUCGGCGGGUACAAGUUUGUCCCGCGAUUCAAUGAGACGGCACUUGAGCAGGCUGUGGCAUCACAGCCUGUAGUGGUGUCUGUUGAUACCACGGGGUGGGCUAAGCACUAUCGGGCAGGCAGAGUGUUUAGCGGGCCUUGUGGACAGAGGCCUGGACACCAAGCGCUCCUGGUAGGGUAUGGGACGGCGCAGGAGCAAGAUAUAGAUGGAAGCAACUAUACCAUAGAUUACUGGAAGAUCAAGAAUUCGUGGGGCAUCCACCGGGGGGAGAAGGGUUACUAUAGAUUGGAGCGUGGCUAUGAAGAAACCGGUGGGUUAUGCGGCAUCCUCCGCUUUGCGAUGUAUCCUGUAGAACCAAUUGAAUUGAUUGACUAA